AUGUUAUAUUUCUACAAAUCAGGUAUUAUAUCUGGCAUUUAUAUUGAUCCUUGCGUUGUAUCGUCACGCAAACGACAGUCCCGACUUGGCCUCGACACCGUCAGCCUCUCCAAUUUCAGUCGAAUUCGUGUAGACCGCGCUUUAGAUGCUCCGUUCUGUACUCCAUCUCUGACUGAUGAUCAAAUAACUUUGGCAACGGCUGAGGCAAGACCAAUCCUUUCAGAUCAUCACUUGCCGGUCCCCUCGAGCCCAAACAGAGUGGAAGGUCUUUUAAUGUUGGAGUAUAUUUCUUUCUUUUUGAAGAGACGAGGUGAAGGUCUUUUAACCGAGGAUGACAGCAACAAACCCACCUUGGAUCCAUCUCGGCGUAUUCAACCUCUUCGCCAGUAG